AAAAAAAAAAAAAAAAAAAAAUAGUGAACUUUGAAUUUGAGACAAAGAAAAAAAAAAGUUGUUGGUCCCCUGUUGAAUCUUGAUUGUUAUCUGCGAGGACCCUUUUGAUGGACCGAGUUUUCUAAGCCCUCAAUCGAAAUUUGAUUCUAUGAUUUCGACUCUUGCUGAUGAUGAGGCAUUUAUGAUUACCUAAAUGAUUUCGAUCUCAUUUUGUGGUGAACACCUUUUACGCAAUAAAAACCGUCAUUGGAGUAAAAAAAGUCACAAUGGGUGGGCUUUGCUCGAGAAGGUCAACUGAUGACACGGUAUUAUCCACUGCACUUCCACAUGUCAACGGGCGAUUGAGUUACGGCUCUGGAAUCAUUUAUCAGUCGCGUGGAUUGGGCGUGAAAGAAGAUAAUAAUACACCCACUGAUGUAGAAGUUAAGGAUAGGGAAUUAAGAGAGCCUUUCUCCUUUCCAGAAUUGAGUUCGGUACCUCCCGGCUCGAAUUUCGACGAUUUCAAUGAUGGCAUUCCUCGUCUGUCGAGGGUUUCAUCAGAUAAAUCGAGGUCCACGAGAUCAAAGCAAGUCGCGAUGGCUAAGGUCUCAGAAGUGAGUUCACUUUUGGGCCGAGCAGGCACUGUUGGCCUCGGCAAAGCAGUUGAUGUUCUCGACACGCUUGGCAGCAGCAUGACUAAUUUGAACCUUAGUGGUGGUUUUGCAUCCGGGAUAGCCACUAAGGGGAUUCCAAUCUCGAUUUUGGCCUUUGAGGUGGCAAAUACAGUCGUUAAGGGUGCUAAUCUAAUGCACUCUCUUUCGCAUGAGAACAUUCGGCACUUGAAAGAAGUUGUGCUGCCUUCUGAAGGCGUUCAACGGUUAAUAUCGACGAACAUGGAUGAGCUCCUUAGCAUUGCUGAAUCUGACAAGAGGGAUGAGUUGAAAGUCUUUUGUGGUGAAGUCAUUCGUUUUGGGAAUCGCUGUAAGGAUCCACAGUGGCACAACUUGGAUCGUUUUUUUGAGAAAUUGGAAAUGGAGCCCACACCUCACAAACAGUUGAAAGAAGCAGCAGAAGCCGAUAUGCAACAGUUGAUGAUGUUGGUUCAGUACACAGCUGAACUGUACCAUGAAAUGCAUGCACUGGACAGAUUUGAACAAGAUUGCCGGCGCAAGGCUCAAGAAGAGGAGAACUCGAGUUCUGCACAGAGAGAAGGAGACAGCCUCGCAAUUUUACGUGCAGAGCUAAAGAGCCAGAAGAAACAUGUAAAGAGUUUGAAAAAGAAGUCACUGUGGUCUAAGAUUUUGGAGGAGGUGAUGGAGAAGCUUGUGGACAUAGUUCAUUUUCUACAUUUGGAGAUUCAUUCGGCAUUCGGUAGCAGUGAUGGAAACACGCCUGCAAAAGAACAUCACCAGAGGUUGGGAUCUGCCGGGCUUUCACUGCACUAUGCAAAUAUUAUCAACCAAAUCGAUACACUUGUGAGUUCAUCCGAGAUGAGUCGCCAGCCCGCAGGCCCAAGCCCAACGGAUCUUCUACGGAUCGAGACCCUCCACCAUGCAGACAGGGAGAAAACCGAGGCCCACAUCCUCGACCUCGUCGUGUGGCUCCACCACCUCAUUAGUCAGUCGCGGGCCGCCAAUGGGCCCAGGCCCAAAUCCCCCGUGAAAUCCCCAAACCGGAAGUCCCUCCAGCUGUCGGCCCACAGGCCCGCCUCACCCUCGUCGGGACUAUCAGUCGAGGACCAACUAAUGCUCCAUGGCGUGAGCAAACAGAAGCUGACGCCCGGGAUAAGCAAAAGCCAAGAAUUCGACACUUCAAAAACGAGGCUUCUGUGCAAAAACAGCAGGCUGAGCAAGAGCAGCAAUCACUCACCUACACGAGAAAGCAAGCGGGACCCGUUCCCGAUCAGGCGGCCUUCCUCAGUCCCGAUUAUCAAUUUCGACAUCGACCGGAUAAAGGCACUGGACGUCAUCGACCGAGUCGACACGAUUUGA